AUGGCCAUCCCCUGGGACUCCAUCCGCUCUCUCCUCCUCUUCCUCGGCCCCUUCAUCCUCCCCAAGGCCAUCGCCUACUACCGCUCUGUCCGCUCUGCCUCGCGCCUCAGCGGCCUCGCCGUCCAGCCCGUGCCCCGCCGCGUCCGCCUCGCCCUCGCCCUGCUCUUCCUGCUCACCCUCGUCUGCCUAGCCAAGACACUGCCCGCCCUCGCCCCCGAAAACAUCUUUGUCCGCACCCAAAGCCGCCUGCAGAUCCCCGUAGACGUCCUCUUCAACCGCCUCGCCGCACUCCGCCCCGGACACGCCCUCCUCCCCCGCGACGAGGCCCUUCGCGCAAAGUUUGUCAACCUCGAGAGCCGGCUUCUGUACCUGCAGUUUGGCCCCGCCGUCCUGGCAGACUGCCCCUUUUGCAACGCCGAGGAGCCGAGGAGCUACUUCUACUAUGCCCUCCCCGAUGCCCUGUGGCCUCACCUGGCCAACCUCGUCGCCGUCGCCAUCGUCACCAGUCCCUCCUGGACCGACCGCCACGGCUCGCAGUGGCGUACCAUCUCCGUCAUCGCCGGCGGCCUCCUCGCCGGCCUCGAGAUCUACCUCAUCAACUCGUACAACUACCAGGCCAACGCGCGCGCGCUGCGCCUCCACGAUGUCGACUUCUUCUUCUGGUCCCUGCGCACCUACCGCUUCGUCGCCCUCGCCGCCCUUGACGCCCUGCUCGGCUGGGUCCUCUACCUCUCCUCCACCAACCGCGCCUUUGCGCAGCUACCCUCGCCCGCCGACCGCGUCGACGACGCCACGCGCGGCCUCUUGACCGUCAAGAGCAAGAUGAGCGCCAUGGGCAUCGUCAAGAACACUGCCCUGCGCGACGAGGAGCUGCGGUCGCGCUGCCAGGCCUACUGGUCUCACGAGGUGCGCCUGAUGCGCGAGGUCAUGGAGGAGCGGGAGGUGGUCGAGGGGAUCAACGACGCGCUGAGCAAUCGCAUCGACAUGCAGACUAUCCUAAGGGAUGCCGAGACCUACUCGCAGAGCGUCCUGCAGCCGCUCCAGGAGCAGGCCGCAGCCGACGGCGCGUAG